AUGGAUCCAACAGGUCAGCCAGGGGCCCAGGAGCAUCAUCAGAUGUUGCCAUAUGAUGGCAUGACGGGCCAGCAAGGGCCAGAGGAUCGCCACUGCACAAUGCCACGGGCAUCCAACUGUCCUUUCCCCCAUUUUGCGAUGAUAUAUAUAGACAACAAUGGUGAACUCGGCGUGGAUGUCUCCUCUUCCCUUGCAGGCUGUGAAAGGGCCAUUUUCACCGAAGAUCUCAAGCAGAGCUUUGUCAGAGCUGUGACCACCGAUUGGCAGCCAAACAUGCAGAAUUUCCCCUCCGCAGGGGCGAUCGGAGCAGCACAUGGCGGACUACCAGAAAGGCAGCCCUUCAUGUUUAAUGCCGGACUGGAUCUGCAGUCUAGCCCAGCGUGGUUCCAGCAUGGCCUACCAAGGCAUCCCAGGCUCAUCCCUUGUGAAUUCCAGACAUUGCAGAAUAAGCGCCAACGGAGGAAUAGAAAGCGCACAAGUUCGGAAAUGGGCUGUGAUUCAAAUUCAGAUUCGACUGACGGGGCAGCCAAACGGACAGCGAUUCGCAUAGGACAAACCGAUGUGCUGCGCCAGUUCUACGAAAAAGCAUUCGAAAAUCUUCAACAGCUCAACUGCAGGGUGAUUGCAAAGGCGUUUGUCAAGUUGGUGGAACCUCGUAAGCAGGUCAAUCACCCGUACAAUGGGUGCAGGACAGUGAUGGGGGGACCUUGCCAGAAGUUGGACCCUGAAUUGACCAAGCCCAAAUGGUGGCCUACAGGUGUUCAACAUAAGGAGCCAGAUCACCUGCUCAAGCAUGGUGUGUCGCGUUCUUCUCUCGCGUGCUAUUUCGCAAAUUCGGUUGAGUCAUGUGUCGCUAAUUCUUCGUCUCUUCUAGAGAGAAUUCGACUUCUCAUGCACAUUCUCUGCGAACUGAGAGAAAGCCAUGCAAUCACAGCGCAAAAGCUCAGAGAGGCUGGGCAAGAUGUGCACCGCCAAAUUGGACCGCCAGUGCGUCGGUUCAUCUUGGACGAGAUUUAUGAGGUCCGGGAAAUCGAGGAACUCUAUUUGAGCGGAAAAAUCAGCGGAGAUACUGUUAUUUAUGUCUCUUCAAAGCAUCUGCCAGAAGGAAUUGAGCCAGCGGUAGUGAACGUGAACGAGAAGCAAAACUCUGACGCGGAUUGCUUGCCUUUGUCUCCAGUGUCCAUCAGCCGCACAAGCUCAGUUGAGAGCGGAUUAUCAUCUCUCUCAAAGGGUAUGAUUCUAUCCAUCAAUUCCAGUGAGCAAACGCAACCGCUGCAUACCCCUGCAGAGGUUUCUUCAACUGGCUCCAAUUCUGUGUCAGGGUUCUAUGCCCAGCAUUCGAUGUUGUGGAAUCAUGGAACUCCUCGGAUGCAUGCGCCAUUCAAUAUGUCGUCAAACUGA